CGUUCUUCGAUGACUGACUUGCAUUUCGGCAUUGUCAAGGGUAUCGACGUUACUGAUGCCUAUUUGACAGCGUGCACAGAGCUAUUUGGGGCCCACUAUGGAGUCUGGAGUAGCGAAGCUGCUAAACAAAAUUCUCUUCUGAAACCAGGCGCACAUGUAAAAUUGUCGCCUUCGAAAGCACGUGCGGAGUGUCUCAGUGAUCCAGCGCAUACGACACUUGCACUUUGUACACUCAAUGAUGGUACCCUUGUCGGCUAUGCCUUUGCCACCCAAUGGAGCUAUGGAGAUGGACUCGUCAGCUGGAUUACACAGCUUGUGGUACACUCAAAGCAUCGUCGCAGAGGAAUCGCAACGAUGCUUCUCCGCAUGCUGCGCAAUGGCUCAGGUUCUUCUGCUUUUGGCUUAGUUUCCUCUCACCCUGCGGCCUGUAUUGCUUUAUCGGCAAUCGGAGAUCGUCAUUGGAUCAACAAUAUCGACCUCGACUUCAUCCGUCGCACCGCCCCUAGGAUGUUAUCGGUGGCGACGGUGGACUACCUCAAGGACGCUCAACUUCGGGGAUCGCUUUUUGAGGAGCGGCCCGCUGCCGGGACAGUCUCUUCUGUCGAUACAAAGUUUUAUGUUGAUCGCGAAGAGCCGCUAGCUGCUCUGAAGGCACAUGUUGCAUCUUCAGGAUCGUGGCCCUUGGGUGAGCUGCUCGAAGGCCAUGAAUUUCUGAUCGUUGUCAAGGUUCUCCCUCUCUGAUCGAUAUCUCUUUCUUAUGUCCUUGUUUGUACUAAAUGUAUCAUAGCAUGUAUUACAAUAAUCUUAUCUUGCGCCAUCUGGAAAACCUUCCUUCCAGCUGAC